UUUAGAUCGGAAGGCUGGAUCCCAUUUAGAACCAGGUGCUGCCCGUUCAAUUUCCAGGUCCAGCUGAAACCAGAAACCAUCUUGACUCCGUGCAGUCCCCAGAUUCUCCAGAAAGCAGUGCGCCGCCGUUGGUAUAGCAACCUCAGGCCCGUCCCAAAGAUACUUCCAAGAGAAGCCGCAUUCUUAUCAGCCGCGACAGCCCUUCGAGCAUUUCAAUCCUCCGACCCGUACAACGAUCUCGGACAAACCGCACCAUUUCUGUCCCUUUCGAUCUCAAUUUAGUACACCGUCCUCUCCUUUCCCGAAAUUUCCAUGUACUAGUUAACUAUUCCUCCCACUUUAUAUAACCUCAGAGACCCAACUCCUCCCCAUCCUUCUCCCUCUUCCUCUCCCCUCCCCACUCUAUAACUUCUGUACAUUUUCUUUUGAGUUAGGGAGAGUUUUUAGUAUACAAAUUCUUCCAAGAAUCCAAAAUUCAAUUUUUUCGAAGACGAUGUCGCAGCCAGAGCAGGCAGCGAAGAGCAGCAGCGGGCUGUCCCCGACGGUGACCACCGAGAUCAUGGUGGCCGCGGUGGUAGUCAUCUUCAUGGCCUUCCUCUUCGUCUUCUUCUUCUACCUCCGCGCCAAGCGCUACUGGGGCGCCAACCCCACCUUUGGCCGCCCCCGCCCCGCCUUCGCCGACGAAGCUGCGGUCCCCCGGCGGACUGUCGAUCCCGCCACAGUCAAAGCCCUGCCUUCCCUGGUGUUCCGGCCGGAGGAAUUCAAGGAGGGCCUCGAGUGCGCCGUCUGCCUCUCGGAGCUGGCGGAGGGUGAGGAGGCCCGGUUGCUCCCCAAUUGCAAGCAUGGCUUCCAUUUGGAGUGCAUUGAUAUGUGGUUACACUCUCACUCCACCUGCCCGCUCUGCCGCUGCCCGCUUGUCGCCGAGGUAAAGCCGGAGAGUGCUGAUUCUGCUGUCGAAUUGGCGGAAGUUUCUCCGGUGGAGGCGGCGUUGGCGGAUGGCCGGUUGCCGGAGUCGCCAACUUUCCCGACGAAUGUGCUGUUCUGGGGAUCCCAGGAGCAAGUCAGUACUGGAGGAUUGGGGGCGGCUGUGGCGGCGGGCUCCUGCGAAGGGAGUUCGAGUUCUGUCAGCACUUCGUCAGGGAAGCCUGAGGGGAUGCUGGUGAUGGAGAUACCAAGACGAGUGAUGGAGGGAUACCAAUCUCCGGUUUUGCCGCUGCCAUUAAAUAGGCUACCCUUGGAUGAGAUUAAGUCUCCAACAUCGGCGAGGUUGAGAUCGCUGAGAAGGCUGUUGAGCCGAGGGAAUUGCGGGAUUGGUUCUCCCUGCAGCCCCAGAGGAAGUGAUAUUGAGCAGGGAGUAGCAGGCCUUGGAGUUACAGUAGGUGGUGAUCUUCAGAUUCCGAAAACAUCAACGAGUUCGUAAACAGGUUUCAUGAAUUGCUUUUGGAAAUCGAGAAUUAUUGGAGUGGAACAAAAUCUGGAGUAACAAAAAUAUUGAUAGCAGCUUGAAAAGUCAUGGAUUUCGGCUCUUGAGAUGAAGUGGUAGCUUGGGAAGUAUUAGAGAUCAUUUUUUCCUGUGCUUGCUUGACAAGAUGAAGAAGACUGAGAAGCUCGUCUGCCAAAGAAUUUGUACAGAUAGGAAUUAGUUUUCAUUAGAUCCAAUUCAGAAAUCCAUCUCAUGGUCCGUAGAGAGUCACUCACUGUUGAGAGUCUAUAGUGUAUCUUGGAUAUUCAAAUCAAUUGAUGCUUUUGGAGUUUGGGAGAAAAUGUAUUUUCUUUAAAUGUAUCUUGGAUAUUCAAAUCAAUUGAUUUAAUUCCAUCAUUACAAUGUCUUA